AUGUCAUUUCUUACCAAGAACCGAAGAACAAGCCCUCAAGAUGCUCGCGACGACGACGAGUUCCCCGCUGCCCAACUGGGCCUUCUAGCGCUCGUACGAGUUGCAGAGCCUAUUGCUCUCACAUCAAUCCUUCCAUACGCCUGGAAACUCGUUUCCAACUUUCACAUCGGUACCGAAACCAAUGCACCCUUCUUCGCCGGUUUGCUCAUCUCUGCCUUCUCGCUGGCCGAGGCUUGCUCAGGCAUGUACUGGGGCGGGACAAUGUCCUCUCUGCUACUUGUUGGCUUUGCUCCUAACUUCUGGGUCGCACUCGCGGGCAGAAUCAUUGGCGGCGCGCUUAAUGGCAACAUAGGCGUUAUCCAGACCAUGGUAGGAGAACUAGUCAAACGACCUGAACACGAGCCCAAGGCAUAUGCAGUGAUGCCUUUUGUCUGGAGCAUUGGUACCAUCAUAGGUCCUUCGAUCGGUGGAUACUUUGCUGAGCCCGCUCUCAAUUUUCCCUCUGUCUUUAGUCCUACAGGUCUAUUUGCUAAGUUUCCUUAUCUACUACCAAACCUCAUCUGCGCUUCCUUGCUACUCCUAUCGAUCUUGAUGGCAUAUUUUCUCCUAGAAGAGACGCAUCCGGACAAGCAACCGCGAGGCUACUUGGAGCCAUACGAUGCAACCGUUGCAGAGACACCGCUUCUACCAGCCCAAGGUGCAACAGCUGAUUCCGCAGCAAACCUGACGGCCGAUUCGUAUGGAACCUUCAACUCAGUCGAAGUCGAGCGCAGUGAAAUCUGGCGCGUGCGAUCUAACGGGGACUGGGUGGAAUCCCCAGCAAGCGAAAAGGUUUUUACGCGACCAGUCGUCAUGUUUGUCGUGGCAUUGGGCAUCUUCACAUAUCAUUCUGUACGUCUGGUUACUGCUCCGGAAAAGGAAUGGUGGCUAAUUUUCACUCAGAUGACAUACGACCACUUACUUCCCAUCUUCCUCCAAGACAAACGCGCAGACAAUGACAUGAACGCACUCGAACUCUCGUCCUCCUCUCUGGGUGGUGGCCUGGGAAUUCCAAUCCAAAACGUCGGUGUUAUCCUAUCCCUCAACGGCAUCAUACAGCUCGUAAUCCAAGCUUUCGUCUUCCCGUUGUUGGCUGAUUGCUUCGGCAUAUGGAAACUGCUAUGCAUGGUCACAUUGGCGCAUCCGAUCGCAUACUUCAUCGUGCCGUUCCUGCAGCUUUUGCCUGAGAACUUGCUCUACUCCGGCCUCUUCGCCUGUCUCACUGUGCGAAACUUGACAUCGAUCCUGGCAUUUCCCCUACUUCUCAUCAUGAUCAAAGAAGCUACUCCUGACAAGUCACAUCUCGGCAAGAUCAAUGGGCUGGCCGCUUCUACGGGUGCUGCUUGUCGUACAGUCGCCAGUCCUAUCGCAGGCCUGCUUUAUGGCCUUUCUAUUGAGCUCCAUUUCACCCCGUUGGCGUGGUGGGCCUCUGCGUUUGUUGCCAUAUGCGGAGCUCUUCAGGUGCCUUUCUUGAACCGCGCAGCCCACGAGUGCAAUGCCCGAGUUCGCACUGCUGCUCGAUGCUGCCUUUCAAAGGAACGUCACCGGAACGAAGUCGUACACAUUGUGGUUGAAGACGAGGAGUCAUAAGACGACGCAGUGCAUCAAGUGGCGUCAGAUGAUACAUGAUUAAUUCUUCCUAGAUGGCUCUUCGCCUACACUGGGCCUCCGAAUGGGAGCGGUUUCAUGGCGUCCUGGGAGCAUUCAAAAUGAUACCUCGACCACAGGGGCGUAGGCAUUCGGCAUUUGUCUUUUGGCGUUUCUUGCAUUU